AUGUCGGACACGGAUCCCUUGGAGCCGGGAUUGUGGGAUUUCCCCGUCCCCGUUUGCCCCCGGAUCGGCUCCCGGGGAUUCCGAAGGCCGGGAAUGAGGGGGAGGAUCCGGGAAUGUUUUGGGAUGGGAGAAUUCCCGGUCCUGGAAGGGCUGGAGCAGCACCUGAGCCGCUCGCAGUAUUUUCGCUUCCUGUGGUUCCCGCGCAGCGACAACGUCCGGAUCGUCUACCAGGAUCCCACCCAGCAGAUUUCCCAGUAUUCCCAGUAUUCCCGGUUUGUUCUCCCUGAUUUCCCAGUAUUCCAAAUUUCCCAGUAUUCCCAAUAUUCCCAGCAGUUUAUUUUCCCAGAUUUCCCAGGUUUUAUUCCCGGUUUUCAUUCCCGGUGUUUAUUCCCGGUGUUUAUUCCUUCCCGGCAGGUCCUGGAAGGGCUGGAGCAGCACCUGAGCCGCUCGCAGUAUUUUCGCUUCCUGUGGUUCCCGCACAGCGACAACGUCCGGAUCGUCUACCAGGAUCCCACCCAGCAGGCUCCGCGCUCCUCGUCCAGCUGGUUCUGGGAUUACGCCGUGGGAUUUUAUCUCCUGGAAUUCCUGCUCUGGAUCAGCUCCUUCUUUCCCGGCCUGGUGGUUUGGAUCAACCGCGUCUUCUUCCGGCUCCUCUUCAAUUCCCGGGUGGAAAACGUCGACCGCAGCCACCGGAUCCUCACCUACGAGUGCCGCUUCCGGCAGCACGUCCAGGACUGGGCCAUCCCCAUCGGCCGGACCAAGGAGGCGCUGCUGGAGCUGCGGGCGGCGCUGGAGGGGAAUCCCGGGAUCGCGGCGCACUUCCCGGUGGAGAUCCGCUUUUCCCGGCGGGAUGAGAUCCUGCUCAGCCCCUGCUUCCGCCGCGACAGCUGCUUCAUCAACGUCAUCCUCUACAGGCCCUACGGGAAGGACAUCCCGAGGUUCCGGUACUGGGAACUCUACGAGGGAAUCAUGAGGAAACACGGAGGGAGACCCCACUGGGCCAAGGCUCACAGCUGCACCCGGAAGGAGCUGGAGCUGAUGUACCCGGAAUUCCCGAAAUUCUGCGCCAUCCGGGAAAAGCUGGAUCCCCACGGGAUCUUCCUCAACGCCUACCUGGAGAAAGUCUUCUGCUGAAAUCCCGGGAAAAAUCCCGCAAUUCCCGGGAAUUCCCCAGGGGUUU